AUGGAGAUAGAGCAUAAGGCUUAUUGGGCCUUAAAAUUUCUUAACUUUGAUUCAUCUUUUUCUGCAGAGAAAAGAAAGUUGCAGUUGCAGGAACUUGAAGAAAUGAGAUUGACAGCAUAUGACAACUCCAAGAGAUACAAGGAAAAAUUUAAAUCAAAGUGGUCAGGGCCAUUCACCAUCAAAGAUGUUAAACCAUAUGGCACAGUUGAACUAAUGGAUCCUUCUUCUAGUGAUCCAAAUAGAAGUUGGAUAGUAAAUGGUCAGCACUUGAAGCAUUAUGUGGGGGGUGAGGUUGAACGCCUCACCACUAUCAUUCAUUUUACUGAUCCAUGA